UCGCGGGAUGCACAAUACCAGACCACACAAGUACAUAACGCCUCCAGGCCGCCACCCCUCCUCCAUGCCACGCCUAGUGCUCCCCCAAGCUCAGCCGGACUGGCUCCGUUCCAUUCCAGAAUUCUUCGUUUGACCUACGUGUUCCACCGCGAGAGCUGCGCUCCAUCGAUAUCAGAUAUCCGACCGCCCUGUCCACUCCCUGUACCUAAUCAGUCAGCCACAAUGCCGCACCGCAGCACCAAGUCCGAGUCUGAUGGCUUGUUGGGCAACGAGACGAUACAGGUGCUGAUCGGCCCUGGGAAGAAGGCCUUCACGGUCCACAAGAAGCUGCUCUGCUCCACGAGCGAGUUCUUCAGCGAGAGCAUCGCCGCCAUCCCCACCAGCCUGCUGCCAUCCCCGCCCCGAGGCGCCCGCCAGCCGCCCCCGGCGGCGCGCCGCCCUGCAGCCAACCGCCGCAGCGGCUUCCACGACUGGACCCUCGCCGCAGCAGCAGCCGCCGCCGCUACCGCCUCGGCCACGGGCGAGCACGCGCGCUCGGCCUCGUGCAACAGCCUCCCGCCCCCGGCCCGCGCUUCCCCCUCGCCCCUGGCCUCGUCCACGCGCAUGGCCGUGCUCUGGUUCUCGGACCAGACGCCCGAGAUGUUCGAGCUGUUCGUGCUCUGGCUCUACCACCGCCGCGCCUUCGCCGCCCUCGUCGACGAGGCCGUCACGUCCAUCCUGGCCGCCGAAGCCGAGAGCGGCGACUCGCGCACCGCCGAGGUCCGCCUGCGCGGCCUGCACUGGGCCCUCGUCAACCUGCACCUCUUCGCCGUCUCGGUCGGCCUGCCCGUGCUGCAGGACCUGGCCAUGGACGCCGUCCAGGACCUCUACCUGCGCCUCGACUGGGACGUGUCCCCGCGCUUCGUGCGCUUCCUGUACGAGCGCGAGGCCGACGCCGCCCUCCGCCUGCGCAAGUGGGCCGUCGCCAUGGCCGCGUGGUGCUUGGCCUCGUCGUCGUCAGGCAAGGGCGCCGACGCCGACGCCGACGCCGACGCCGACAGCACGGCCGCCCAGUUCCAGGUCCUGCUCGAGUCGUACCCCGAGUUCUGCCAGGACUACUCGACCCACCUGAGCAGGAUGCACAGCAGCCGCACCAACCCCAUCAUCAAGAACCCGCAGCUGCGCAUCCCGACAAACGCCCUGCGCAACGAGGAGCGCCACUUUGGCUUCCGCAUGUGCUCCUUCCACAGCCACCGCGCCUCGGUCGGCCAGGGCAGGUGUCCGCACGACCGGAGCGGCAGCGUCGCCGCCGACAGCGAUUGUGACCAAUGGUCGCCGACUGCUUCCUCCUCAUCCUCCUCAACCUCCUCGUCACCGUUCGGGCUCGAGCCGGACAUGGACUCGCCCAUGUCCGACUACAGCUUCGACAACAUCGUGAGCCCCGUCUGCUCCCAGCGCGGCUUCGACCUGCCGCUGCCCUCGGAGUUGCUGCCGGCUUCGAAACCUCCCUCCAAGCCCUGCCAGCCGCCCGCGGCCUACGGCGACUUCCUCACCAUGGACUGGAAACGGUCACACAACAUGGGGAUGCGACGAGUUACCGAGUAAAAAAAGAAGGCGUCUCCCGCCUACACGUCUUGUGGACUUCUGCAGUCAUGUCAUGAUUUCUUUUGUUAGCCAAAUGCUCCUCACGGACACACUUCAAACACUCACGCUCAAACGUGGAUUUUCUAUACAUAGCUUUUUCUAUUGUAUUUAAUGAUACCCCCUAUAGACGGUUACUCGAAUGUCUUCAAAAUGCAACUGUGAUGACAGACACCGGCUUGCCCUGCCA